AUGGCCGAAUCUAAAACUAAAUGGGUUUUGAAAGUGCUUUCAGACCAAAACAUUGUUAUACUCUAUAAUGAGGAAAAGGAAUUUCGAGAGGGACCAUAUACUUAUUCUAAUGAUACUUCAGUAUAUCAUUCUAUAAACCAAAUAUACAGAUAUGGCGUCUUGUCAACAUACGACCAAACUUGGUUCCUUGAAAGAGGAGUAACUGGAGAAGACUAUGGAUAG